CAUCUUCUUCCUGUCUCCCGUUUUCAUAUGCUUCUAGCUUCCUUUUUCCGUAAUAGGCUGUAGUUAGCUUCCUUCGCGCACUAACCUAUUUCUGGAUCCCACAUCUUCGACCAGUGUUUGUUAAUCGCCCAAUGAUAGGCAAUUCCUCGAUCCUUUUAGUCAGAGGAAGAGAAACAUUUCCCGCUUUUAGUAGAAGAAUAAGCGUUUUGGCAUUGACAACGACGAGCCCAAACACUGAGGCAGAGGCAGUCUUCAUCUUCCUUCAGCUAGGGUUUUGAUUCGAAUCUGUUUCUUCCUGUUUCGAGGAUCGCCGCUUAUAGCAUUCUCGAGCAAUCCUUUUUCUCAGCUGCAGAAAGGAUGGAAGCUUUUCUCCGCAGUCCCGCGAUGGACAAAUGCGACAAUAACUCUCCAAAAGUGGGGGUUUCCUUAGACCAUGAUGAUGUUAAGUAUGUCUCAGGCCUGAGCACUAUAUUGGUCGCGGCCAUUCAGGAAGCUAAGGACAGAAUAUCUCAGAUAGAAUACAUAUUCUGCAGUCAACUUUACCCAAAUUUCCAGUCAAAAUCCAGAAGCUUGCAGAAAAUUUACACAGAGGCCAUGGAAGCUGCUGAAAAUACAUGGAAAGAGAAGGAAAGUAAUUUGUUAAUUCAAACAGAAAAACUUCUGCUGGAAAAGCAGCAGGUCAGCCAAGAAAACCGGUCUCUCAGAAAGGAAAUGGCGAAGAUGUCUAAGGAACAGGAAGAGAGAUUGAAGGAGUUGGCUGAUGAACAGGAGAACCGGAAACAUAAAAUUGACGAGCUUGAAUCUGAGCUUCGACAAAAGACUAAGGAAUUUGAUGAGGGCAUAGAUCUCCAGAAGAAGUUACUGCAGUUAGUUCAAUCGAAUGCUUCUGCACUAGCUAUCAAAGGGAAAGAAACAAAAGAGCUAGAAGAAAAGACAAGAGCCCUUCUUGCUAAGCAAGAAAAUCUGGAAAAUAUGGUUAAGGCACUUAAAGAUGAAGUCAGAAAGAAAACUGAGGAAGUAAUCAGAGGAAAAGACUUGCAAGCAAAUUUAAUGAAGAAGAUGCAAUUACAGGCUUCUGAAGUUUUAGACCGAGAGCAGCUGUUGGUCAAUUGCGAAAAGGAAAAAGAAAUACUGAUGACCAGAUCAAAGUGCUUGGCGGAGAAAAUAAGUGAGCUUGAGGAAGACCUUAGGAGAAAGGCCAACGAAGAGAUGGUAAGGAAAUUGAACAAAGAGUUGCCUGAACAAAGUGAUUCAGGUCAUUUAGACCGUAUGGUUAAUGAGAAGGAAUCACAACAACACGAAGAGAGACAAUUUUUAUCAUGCAAGGUGAAGGAUCUAGAGGAGAAAGUCAAUGACUUGCAGGCAUGUCUUCGAGAAAAGAGCAGCCAUAUUACUGAAGGAGGAUUGGAAGAGAAUCUACUUCAACUGAUUGAAUGUAAAACUUCAGAGUUAUUGUCUGAGAGGAAGAAAAAAAAGGAUUUGUUUGAUGCCUAUAAAAGGCUGAAGUCUCAGAAUAAUUACCUCCGUACAAAGCUUGGUCUUGUAAAUGAGGAUAACCUUCCACAAAGCAAAUCAUUCGAGGGAGAUGACAUAUUGAGGCGCCAGCAGAAUCAACCUACUGCAUCCUGCCUUGAAAAUGGUGAUCUGAAUACUGCUCCUUUUGGUGGUGGGGUGAAAGUGAAAGGGGAGAUCAGUGUUGAAGAUCGCUUAGAGGAUGACCAAGGGAUUGGACCAAUGAAGAACUCGCGUUCCCUCUCACCCAAAUCAAAGUACGUUUCAUCAAAAUGUCAAAUUGGUGAAAAGUCCAUGGCUGCAGCAGGCACAAAGCGCAAUGCAUCAGAUUGGAGAGACACUAGGUCUAAUCAACCUUUAGGAGGGCCUGAUCCUCACGAUGAUUUUCUGAAUACACCUUUUGAGAACGUUAAAAGGAACUUGAAUGAAGCUGCAACUGAAGAAUAUCGAGAUUCUCCAGCCCAUAAUCUGAAGGAAAUAUAUCGAAGCUUCUCAGAUGAUGAGACACAGGACAUGAAUGUUGAUCCUUGUCCUAAGAAGCAGCAAGUGGUAGCACCUUCUGCUGGCAAACGAAGUUUUAAGUAUGUGGAACCUGUAAGAAGGAAAGCCGAGCGGGAAAAUCUAAAAGGAAUUGAGUGCAGGCAGUGCAAGAGAUUUUACGACGCUGUUCUCCCUGAUAAUGAAAGCAAAGAUAACGACAAUAAUAAGAGGAAUUUCCGCUGUGAGCAUCAGGAUGGUGUGUCCCGGCAUAGGUACAAAUAUGUUCCUCCAAUGACUCCUGAAGGAUUCUGGAACAUUGGCUUCGAAUCUGAAAUGUAAGCUCCUUUCAGACAGAAAUUGAUUUAUUUAAAAUUAUCACUUCUUCAUAUAACCUUUGGUCCUACAUCUGCAGUGCGCCAUUUAAAGUCAAUUUAGUGGCACUUCUUAUAGACCUUUUCUUUUUACUAGGCAAUUUUCUUCAUCCCUACCUUCAAAUGCAGAGGUGGGAAUCAACCUCCCACCUUCCUGUUCAUGACAAAGGAAACUACUAGGUCGUGCUCCUUGUGGUUGCGAUUGUUUUCUUCUCUCUCUUUUUUUGAGAUAUAUGGAAGAGCCUGAAAAA